AUGGCUCCCGAGUCGACACCGUCGAAAGCUGGGGGGAUGUCGCUUUAUGCGAAUCUUCUUGAUUCCUCCGCCGACAGUUCCUCGUCGCCGGGGACAAUCUCGCGGGCACCUGUUGUCUUUAAACCUAGCUCCGAAGGUGAUUCGCAGCAAGACGACUCCGCGGCAAAGAAACAGCAGCUAAGUGCCGCGAGUGCUCACUUGUCCCUUGGGUCAUCCCCGGGUUUGAAUACAGCAUCUCUUCGAUUCCAGCCUACGAAACGGCCACAGCUAGCCGCCCAGAAGCCGAAACCCAAGCCGGCAUUACCAAAGGCGACUUCCGGUCCCAGUGUUGCCGCAACACCGGCUCCCGUACCAUCAGCACCCGUGAAAAGCACCCUUGCGGAUUGGGCAGCUACAGAAGAUGAAGAUAUCAAUGGAUUCUUCGCGGGCGAAAAAAGACAGCGCGGCGGGCGGAAGAAACGAAAGAAGAACCGAGACUCGCAAAUGAUGCAGCAGAAUUGGGAUGAUAUCUAUGACCCGUCACGGCCCAAUAACUAUGAAGAGUACAAGCACAGCGACGAGAAGAUUUUUGAGGUCCGAGAUUGGAAAGAUCGUCUAUAUGCGCACCGUAUGGUUAGGUCACGAAGCAGAGACUCUGACUCUGACGAUGGGUAUUCCAGACCCAUGAACCAGCAAUUUGCUCCGCCAGCUAGCUUCGCACCGCCCCCGAAUAUUAAUAAUAUCCCACCUCCUCCGCCUGCCAUGGUUCUUGACGACGCGUCCGGAGAAGACGCAUAUGCUCGACGUUUACGGCUCAGCCAGAACCAGGGUGACAUCCGAAUGGCCGACUAUAUGCCAGAUAUCCAGCCACCACCACCACCACCACCUGCUGACUCUCUAGCUCCGGUACCGAACGACGCUGCAGGGGAUGAUGCGUAUGUCCAUCGUCUGCAAAUGAGCGCCAGUCAGCCUAGUGUGUCUACUGCAGAGUAUACUCCUCCACGUCCACCCCCACCUCCUCCAACUGCUAGUCGUCUUGAUGCAAUUCAACCUUCUUCAGCUACUAUAUCUCGUGCACCAGUUCGUUAUACAUUACCGCCGCCUCCAGAAGACUUACCGGCGUCCGAAGCAGAGCUGGAGCAAGUCUUUGCACAGGAGCAACCUGUGGAAGAAGACCCUGAUGAUAAUACCCCACGCUCGCUUCGCCCCGGGCAAAAGGGAUUUGCCCAGCGUCUACUUGAGAAGUAUGGCUGGACUAAAGGGUCUGGCUUGGGCGCAACUGGCUCGGGAAUUGUCAAACCACUGCAGGUCAAGGUUGAGAAGCAGAAGAAGCGCCCUGACUCUGAAGGCGGCGGCUUUGUCACACCCGCGGGUAGAGGUACAAUCAUCGGGAGUGCCAAGAAAUUCGAGGGGGUGGGUAAGUUUGGUGAAAUGAGUGAGGUCAUCAUGCUCAAGGGUAUGCUGGAUGGCAUGGACGUGGAUGCUGAAUUGGAAGGAGACCAUGACGGUGGCCUGAUGCAGGAAAUAGGAGAAGAGUGCUCUGAAAAGUAUGGCCGUGUUGAGCGUGUCUUUAUCCACCGGGCCUCCCGGCAACACGCUCCAGUCUUUGUGAAGUUCACUAGUCAGCUAUCAGCUCUGAGAGCUGUGAAUGCGCUAGAGGGACGGAUAUUCAAUGGGAACGCUAUUACCGCGCGAUUUUUCGACAAGGAGAGAUUCGAGCAAGGGAUUUACGAGCAGUGA